AUGUCUACCGACUCGCACUCCCCGCAGGCAGGACUCAAGAGGGCCUAUGCACCAGACGAUGGUGCUGCAGAGCCCAACGCGCCGGCAUCCUCUCCACCGACCAACGCAGCGAACGCAACGUCGGCGUUUCGUAAUGUCUCUGCUUGCAACCGGUGUCGCGUGAGGAAGAACAGAUGCGAUCAGCAACUGCCCGCCUGCUCGGCCUGUACCAAGGCCAAUGUUCGUUGUGUUGGUUACGAUCCUAUCACGAAGCGAGAGAUCCCUCGCUCCUACGUAUAUUUCCUUGAGACCAGACUCAAUUACUUCGAGACCCUUUUAAAAGAGCAUAAUGUCACCUAUGAUUCAGCGACUGUCUUUGAUGCUGAUUCUAAACAGCUUGGGAAUCCACCAACUCAUGCGCCAGCUAGGCGGACAGGGCAUGGCACUAAAGAUCGUUCACAAAGCACGGACGUGGAAAGUACGCGCGAGAAACAAGAAGACGAGAAGCUGAACCGCUUGGUUUCGAAUAUUGGCAUGGUAUCAGUUCAGGGAACCUCAGACUCUCGGUAUUUGGGCUCAACAUCUGGCAUAUCCUUUGCUCGUGUCGUUCUUUCUGCGGUCAAAAAGGCCAGUCCUGCUGGAAGUGGUGACAAGUCCGGUUCCAAGCUGAAUAAGUCUGUUGCAGCUACAGGCACAAAAGGCAGCUCGAUGCGUGAUUCGUACUUUGGCCUACAGACAAAACCACAGAUUAAAGAAGCUCCAUUUCCAAAUCGCGAACUAGGAGAGCGGCUGGCCACGUUAUACUUCGAGCAUGCUAACCCACAAAUACCAAUACUGCAUCGUGAAGAGUUCAGUGACAUGUUUGAGAAGGCAUACUCCGUUGAUGCAAGCUCUAGAACACCUCAGCAACUCUAUAUCCUCAACAUUGUCUACGCAAUUGGUGCUGGUAUUAUCUGGGGUUCAUCCGACAAUGAAGGAGGCACUAGCGGAUAUAGUACAAAACGUGCUCGACUAGACAAUCAACAAGCACAGCCAGAAGAAUAUCAUGCAUCGGCGAUCGUGCACCUAAGCGCUUUCCUCAGUGCGAACGGUGCAAGCAACGAAGAAGGUGGUGGAGGUGAUCUGGAAGAGUUGCAAGCAGUUCUUCUACUCGCAGGCUUCGCCUUACUUCGUCCUGUCGCUCCAGGUUUGUGGUAUAUAGUUGGUGUAGCAAUGAGGCAGGCUAUUGACCUCGGACUGCAUUAUGAAGACGGCUCAGGACUAAACAAUGUUGGACCGGCUCUACAAGGAUUUGACGACCCUAGCUCAGCCCGAGCUCAACUGGUAGGUAAACGCCAGUGGAUCCGUGAUCUUCGGCGGCGAUUGUGGUGGUGCACUUACACGUUCGAUAGGCUGGUUAGCACCUGUGUCGGACGACCGUUUGGUAUCACGGAUCAAGUCAUUACUACAGAGUUUCCAUCGGCAUUAGAUGACAGAUAUAUCACCAGAUCUGGCAUUUCUGUUGACGCUGCCAGCACCGAACCAAGCUACAAGCGAGUUUCCUAUCACUACUUUCGCUUAAGAUUGUUGCAGUCAGAAAUCCUUCAGGUUCUCCAAUAUGAACAGGCCCAGAUGGCACGAAUGAAAGGCUGGAAUCGUCAUAAUGACUACAUGCACAAGAACCUGCCAUCCCCUUUCCUGGUGAAGCACAAAUCUUUCAAAUCAUGGCGGCGGGAUAUUGAUCAGCGUCUCUUUGAAUGGAAGGAAUCAGCGCCAACCCAGGCUGAGACAGGUGUCGCGUUCUCUCAUCAAUUUCUCGAACUCAACUAUUGGCAGGCUGUCACGAUGUUGUACCGCCAAAGUUUGUCGGUGCCUCCUCCAUUUGCUAGUGAGCUGAGUCCAACAGAAGAUGUGACAAGCCCUUCCAGUGUGAUGACGGAGGACAAGGAGGAUGAAGAUUUGGUGUUCUUGAAGUGCGCAGAAGCUGGUCAGAAGACAUUGAAACUCUAUAGACAGCUUCACAGGCAGAGACUGGUCAACUACACGUACCUUGCAACACACCACCUGUUCAUGGCGGGCAUCGCGUUCCUGUAUGCGGUGUGGCACUCGCCUGCUGUUCGGAGCCGCAUCACCCUCGAUGACUUUGACUUUACUGUGUUAGCAGCCACGUCGGUUUUGGGAGACCUGAUGACUAAGUGUCCGCCUGCAGAAGCAUGUCGAGAUGCGUUUGAGAGAAUGUCCAAGGUCACGUACCAGAUCUGUAUAUCCGCAUCAGGUUUCGGAUUCGGUACGACAGAGCAGCCCGGCAGGUUACAAGCAGAACCAACCAUUUCUAAACAAGGCGCAUUCACGCAGCACAGCUCAAGUCCAUUGAAUUCCAGACCUGCCAUGCGACCACUUGCGAAGAGACCUCCUCCUAAGUUCGACAUGGACCUCAGGGACCUGUUUCCCGAAGGACUCCAUUCCACGUCGAGAACAAACACUCCUCCGCAACGACAACGGUCGAAUGCUCGACGGAAUGCUCGUCCAACUGGAGCUAGCUUACACAGAAAGACCUCUCAUCCACAAGCCCCGCCUUUGACAUCGAUUCCCUGCCAGGAUACCACGAUGAGCGACACAGACGAGUCAGGCAUGCAGAAUAGCAUGGCUACUUUUCAGGGACCUUAUGAAGUGUAUGCUGGAGCUCAACAAGACCUACAAGAGCCUUCCUUCUCCAUGGAUCCUAGUUCAAACAGCUACAAUCCUGACUUCAUGUCUAAUCUCCCAGGGCUGGAAUUUCUAGGCAACUUGGAUCAAGAUCUAUCACGGAACGUAUCUAAUCUCGGCAUGGCACAGUCGGCUGGGCAAUCGUUGAUCGAUCCCAACCUCGAUGGAGCCUGGCUGGAUAUUGGAUUGAGUGGAAGUGCAGAUGGUGAUGCGGAAUCUGAAUGGGGGCUGGGGUCUGGAUUGGGUGUAGGUGUAGGCAUGGGACUGGAUUUUGGGCCACAGCACGACUGGUCGAACGGGCAGGGAGGGUAUGAUCUGUUUGAUGGUUUCUUCUUUAGUGGCGACGAUGGUGGUGGUGGUGGUACUGGUACCAGCACUCGAUAA